CUCUAGGAUGCAUACCAUAUAGUCCGCUAUAGGGGCACGACGAAUGUGCUUGAAUGGAACGACGUCAUCUUGCCCUUUCUAAAAAGGGCAAGAUUGGAUUCGAUUAAGCAUUUUAAUGGAAUCAAGAUCGACCGCCAACUCAUCACGACGAUGGUAGAGAGAUGGCGAAAGGAGACACACUGGUUCAAUUUUCGUGAAGGCGAGUGCACCAUCACAAAUAAGGGCAUCGCCAUCCUAACCGAUCUUCCCAUCGAUGGUGAUGUUGUUUGUGUGGACUCUACGCCACCACCUAAAGUUGUUGCCAAUAUGAGUGGUUGGCAGCAUUUUAUAUGGACGGUCACCGGGUUGUGUCCGCCAGAAAAGGGAGAUCACGAUGCGGAUGGUCAUCCACCAUUGUCCAAGGGCCAAGUAUCCAUCACAUGGUUGACAACGGAGAUCAGGCGUAAGCACAACCCUGAGUUCGGAGGCAUUCCCCUCACGGAGGAAAGUUCGGAGCGUGAUAAAGACAUUUAUGGUUGAAGAUCAUGAGCUAAUCAGCAAUUCAUGGUUGAAGAUCAUACUUCGUAGUUGGGAUGAUAUGGGAAACCUGAGUUGGGCAUCUGCUUGCCUAGCUCAUCUCUAUCGAUCCCUCUGUAAUGCUAGUGCGAGAGUGGUGAAGGAGAUUGAUGGGGCUAGGGGUGUACAUGGGUCGGGUGGUUCGAGUUUAGCCAUUUUAAUCACCCAAUCCAUGAACUACGGUUUGGAAAAUAUCAAACCCAAACCCACCCAAAAAAAUUUAAACCCUACGGUUUGUUUCUAAUUGGGUUGGAUCGGGUUGGCGAUAUUUUUAAGUUAAAACCCAACCCAACAUAAAAUAUAUAAUUAUCCUACAUCAUAAAAAUAUUUUAUAACUAAUUAAAAUUUCAAACGAAUAAACCGAGGUGAAAGGUAUCAAAAUUCAAAAAUGUUGUUUGAAUUUAAUAAAAUGUAAUUUACUUCAAAAUAUGUCUAGUUUUUUUUCACGAUAUUUGUCGAAAUAGGCUAAAAAGGUUAUAAACAAACGCAUCCACAAUAUGUUAUUCUAUUAAAAUUGUACACAAGAAAAACGAUUACGUGAAUCAUAACUAUAUUCAAUUUAUGUCUAAACUUUAAGUCGAAGAAUGCAUUAGAUUAGGGAGACCAUGAGAGAAAAAACUUGGCGAAAUAUCUUAAUUUUCUCAUAAGUAUGGCUAUAUACGACAUAAAUAUUUUUUAGCUACGAACUCAUACUAAUAGUUGGAACACGGGUUGGGUCGGGUUCUACGGGUUGUGUAAUCUAAAAUCCAAACCCAACCCAAAAGAGGUGGGUUGUACAAAACAAAACCCUCACCCAACCCAAAAUCUUUGUUUUAGCGAUAAAUACGGGUGGAUUGGGUCGGUUUGGAUGGGUGGGUCGGUUUGCGGGUGUGUUUGUUCACCCCUAGAUGGGGCCAUGUUCAUCGUCCAAUUUUGGGCUUGGGAGCAUUUACCAUGAAUUGCGCCGAAGGUUGAACCCGACAAGGAAUGGGGUCCCGACCAUCGUCUACGAAAUGAAGCUUAUGGUUGUAGGUAAAUGUUUUCUAUCCCACUCAUAGUUCUCACCAUUUUUUACUAAUUGGGUAUUUUAUAACGAACCGGGUAUUAUGUAUUAACACUCCAUACUUUUUGGAUUGAAUAGGUGGCUUGGUGAAAAACAUGCGACAACCUAUGAGCGCAUAAGUUGGAGGAGUAUCGUGGGAGGCUUGAUCGCCUUUGGGAAGCAGAGGCGAGCAUCAUAAUACGCUAUUAAAGCAUUUGAUGGAGCUCUUCAAGCAUCGGUCUCGUACGGACCUUCAUUUUAUAAAAAUUGCCACCGACGUAACUUACACACUUUUCGGUCUCUUCCGUGUAACCAUUCCACCGCAACCCAAGGAGUGUGAAGAAUUUUAGUUCUCUGAAACAGCCUUUUAUAGGCAAAUUUUGCAGCAAAACCGCAGGGGGGGGGGGGCGGUUUUAGGUUUGCCAUGCAGCCCCACCCCCUGAAUGCCGACAUGUCCGACAUGUUUGCUGUCGGGUGACCAUGCACAAACCGCGCCUUGAGGCAGCGGUUUAUGUCUUGACAUGGUAAACCGCCGCCUCGUGGGGCCGUUUAUAAUGCUGACAUUUAAACGCACCCUCUUGAAGCGUUUUGUGGUAGGGUUAGUAUAUAACCGCGCCUUCCAGAAGCGGUUUUUGCUGGAAAUUAAAACGCCUCUUGGCAAGCCGGUUGUAUUGCAAACCGCUGCCAGGAGGUGCGGUUUCAUUUAAAACCGCUCAUUAGAGGCGCGGUUUUAAAUAAACGAUGGUAUUUUUG